AUGACAGAGUCAGGCAAGCCCAUCCUCUACUCCUAUUUCCGAAGCUCUUGUGCCUGGAGAGUCCGAAGUGCUCUGGCCUUGAAAGGCAUUGACUAUGAGACGAUGCCCAUCAACCUCAUCAAGGACGGGGGCCAGCAGUUCUCUGCGGAGUUCCAGGCACUGAACCCCAUGAAGCAGGUGCCAGUCCUGAAGAUCGAUGGAAUAACCAUUGGCCAGUCACUGGCCAUCAUCGAGUACCUGGACGAGACUCGUCCCACUCCGCGACUUCUGCCUCAGGACCCCAGGAAGAGGGCCAGCGUACGCAUGAUCUCCAACCUCAUCGCGAGCGGCAUCCAGCCCCUGCAGAACCUGGGUGUCCUGAAGCAAGUGGGCCAGGAGAAGCAGCUGACCUGGGCCCAGAACGUCAUCUCUGUGGGCUUUGGCGCUCUGGAGCGGAUCCUGCAGAGCACAGCAGGGGAGUACUGCGUGGGAGAUGAGGUGACCAUGGCUGAUCUGUGCCUAGUGCCUCAGGUGGCAAAUGCUGAGAGGUAUAAGGUGGAUCUCACCCCCUACUCCACCAUCAGACGCAUCAACAAGUCGCUGCUGGCCUUGGAGGCCUUCCAGGUGUCUCACCCCUGCCGGCAGCCGGACACACCUGCAGAGCUGAGGGCCUAACUCCCAGCCCUGCCCGCUGGCAUGAGCAGGAGGGGCACAGGAGCAGAAGCCGGGUGGGCCCAACAGACCUGAAGACGAACAGGUCCUUUCUGAGGAAGCAGGAGAUGAGAAUUCUAGCCCUGUAUCUGCCUUCCUGCUGAACCUCGUUCUGCCUCAGUUUCCUCAUCUGCAUGUGGGGUGGGUGGGAUGAGGGGAUGCCAGGAGUGGAGCGAGCAAGAACACCCCUGUGAUCUGUGUCCAGCAGUCACGGAGAUGAAGUGAGACAGGGGUCACGUGCCUGGUGCACUGACUGCAGCCCCCUACGGAAGCUCAAGUGCCUCUUCACGGCCCCGUAUCAUGCCCGAUUCCAAAGAAUGCCCCACUGAAAUCCUGUCUGCAUUCAACAGAAAUGAAAGGUUAAAAA